CAUUUGCCAUUUGCGCAGUAUCGAUCAGUCUAUCUCGUCGCAACGACCAAGAGAUACGAUUGAUUUUUCGCUGCCGAUUGGGACAAGAUUCGCUUAAUUCUACAAAAUGGCCGCCACAAAACAUCUCCUCGCAGAGGGCGACGACAGCGUUGCCGAGAACCGCCCAAUCAAGAAGUCCAAGGUCGACUCCAGCGACGAUGCUGAGAAGGCCCGCUUGAAGAAGGAGAAGAAGGACAAGAAGAAGGACAAGAAGGAGAAGAAGGAGAAGAAGAGAAAGUCAGAGGAGGAAGAUGACAAGACCGAGGAGUCUGUAGAGAAGAGCGCAGACGGCGAGGGCAAGAAGGAGAAGAAGAAGUCCAAGAAGGAGAAGAAGGAGAAGAAGGCCAAGGAGUCUCAAGAUGAAGACGCAAAUGAACAACCCGAGAGCAUGGACGUCGACCAAGACGAGAAGCCUGUCGAAGACAAGAAACAGUCCAAGAAGGAUCGCAAGGCCAAGAAGGAGACCAACGGCAAUGCGUCCGAGCAAACCUCCAGCGGUCGCGACUACGUUCAGACCAUGAGCCUUUCCAACGUCGCACAAUCCGAAAUCGACGAAUACUUGUCCAAGAACGAGAUUGUCAUUACAGACCCCAAAAACGUCACCGACAAGCUCCGACCCAUCACCGAAUUCCACCACCUCCCCUCAACCAACCUUCUCGAGAAGAAGCCUUCACCCUUUGCCAACUUCAAAGCUCCUACCCCCAUUCAGGCUGCCUCAUGGCCAUCCACGCUUUCCGGCCGCGAUGUGGUCGGUGUAGCCGAGACAGGUUCCGGCAAGACUAUGGCUUUCACUCUUCCUUGCGUAGAGGCCAUUUCCACCAUUGGAAAGAAGGGCGUCAAGGCAGUCGUUGUGUCACCUACGCGAGAGCUUGCUAUGCAGACAUAUGAGCAGAUGAAUGGCGUUGCUGCUCUUCUGAGACUCAAGUGCGUCUGUCUCUAUGGUGGCGCUUCAAAAGACGACCAGCGAGCGCUUCUCCAGAGGGGUGCCGACAUCAUUGUCGCCACUCCCGGCCGAUUGAAGGACUUCAUGUCAGACGGCACUGUCGAUUUGAGCGGCUGCAAAUUCGCCGUCUUGGACGAGGCCGAUCGUAUGCUGGACAAGGGUUUCGAAGAGGAUAUCAAGCUGAUUCUUGGCGCCUGCCCUCCCCGGGAGGAGCGUCAAACUCUCAUGUUUACUGCUACCUGGCCAUUCUCAGUCCAGAGCUUGGCAUCCACCUUCAUGGUUGACCCAGUCAAGAUCACUAUUGGUUCUCGCGGCAAGGAGACGGAGAAUGGUUCAGUUGAGCUUCAGGCCAACACCCGUAUCACCCAGAAGGUCGAGGUUCUGGACGGCAGGGACAAAGAAUUCAGGCUCUUGCAAAUCAUCAAGCAGCAUCAGCAGGGCAAGCAAAAAGAUGACCGAAUUUUGGUCUUCUGCCUCUACAAGAAGGAGGCUACUCGUGUUGAGAGCUUCCUCGGUCGCAAGGGCGUCCGUGUGGGCGGCAUUCACGGAGACUUGAAGCAAGAGCAACGAACGAGAAGCUUGGAAGCAUUCAAGUCUGGCAAGACACCAGUCUUGGUUGCUACGGAUGUGGCUGCUCGAGGUUUGGAUAUCCCCGAGGUUAAGCUGGUCAUCAAUGUUACAUUCCCUCUCACUAUUGAGGAUUACGUUCACCGUAUUGGACGAACUGGCAGAGCCGGCAAGACAGGCGAGGCUAUCACCAUGUUCACAAUCCAAGACAAGGCGCACUCUGGAUCUCUCAUCAACAUCCUCAAGGGUGCCAACCAGCCUGUUCCUGACGAGCUGAUGAAGUUUGGUACUGUUGUCAAGAAGAAGACCCACGAUAUGUAUGGCGGCUUCUUCAAGGACGUAGAUCCUAACCAAAAGGCGACAAAGAUUACUUUUGAUUAAAUUAAAGCAUGGGUAUAUCGGUAAGGGAUAAAGGGUCAUUUUUGUUUUACUCUCGUCUGCUUUUUCUUUUUCUUUUUUCGUCUUAUUUCGUUGCUACUCGCGCUUACUUGCUCUGCGACCUCGGAUAGACUGAAAGCAUUCGAAAAGAAACUUUCGUUCUAGAGAUACACUACAGCACUUUGUUAGAUGAUUGUGUAUAUUACAGAGAAAUAGACGCAUAGCAUGUAGAGAUGUGUUGACAUACAUUAAAAGCAGUAAUGGAAUGGCAAAGCCAAUAAUCUUA